AUGAAGCGCAAGCGCGCACCCAAAAGGGACGUGCCCAGACCCGAGGAACGCAAUUUCCUCGCGCCGCCAGAGCACGACGAGGGCGGCGGCGGCGACGGCGGCGGCGGCGAGGGGGUCGACUGGGCGGCUGGGGAGGCGGGCUUGGAAGACAGCGAUGACAGCGAGGGCUACGCGUGGCGUCCCGUCAAGCGCGGGCACCGCCACCGGCGGCGACGACGGGUGCUCGGCGGCGAGGAGGAUGGGCCCCUGACCGUCGCCGUCCAGGCGGCGCCGCCGGCGGAGCAGCGGUGGCGUUUCGCCGAGCUGGCGGUUGAGUGGCGGGAGGCUGGCUCCUCCUCCAGCCAGCAGCGGCUGGAGCUCGAGGACGGCCAGCUGCGGCUCUGCCUGCCACCAGACGGCGGCGAUGUCAGGGUGCACUACCAAGCCAGCGGCGGCGCCCUGUGGCUGGGCGCCACCGCUGCCCCUCCCGCAGAGGGGGAGGCCCUGCUGCUGCUCCUCAAGUCUGGCCACCUCAGCUGCAGCGUGCCAGCCCUGCCAAGCGGCGCCAGCGGCAGCGCCAGCGGCAGGCUCCACCUCAGCCUCACAGACAAGGCAGCGGCCGAUGCGGCAGAGCACGCCGAGGAGCAGCAGCAGCGGCAGUGGCACCGCCAGCUGCUGGCGGUGCUGCGCUGGCUGCUGCCGCAGCUGGAUCCAGAGCAGGAGCUGGAGCUGCAGUCCCCUCAGAAGCAAGCCGAGCUGCUGGCCAGCCCUCUGUGCAGCCCACGGGCCGCCGCCGGCGCUGCCGCUGCGGGCUUUGGCAACCCCGCCGCAGCUGCAGGAACAGCAGCCGCAGGGCUGGCUUCGCCUCGCAGCCCCGGCGCCGCCGCUGGCGGGGUGCCUGGGGCGGCUGCGGGCUUUGAUGUGUCAGAGCUGUAUGCAGCGGUGAAGCCCACGGGGCGGGAGCCCGAGCUGCCGGCGUGCGCUACGGCUGCCUACCUGCUGCCCACGCUACGCCGCUACCAGGCGCGGGCAGCCCAGUGGAUGGUGCUGCGCGAGCAGGGCUUGGUGGCUGCUCCAGGAGAAGCAGCAGCAGCGGCAGCGGCAGCAGGGGGCUCACAGGCAGCCGAUAUCAAGGCGGAGGAGGGGCAUCAGGCGCGGGAUGGGGCCGAGCCACCGCUGCACCCGCUGUGGCGGCGAGUGCCGUGCUCGGCUGGCGGCGGCGACGGCAGCAGCAGCGACGCCGGCGCCUGCUUCUUUGUGAACGCAUACAACGGAAGGAUAAGCCUGGAGCGGUUCCCGGCGACGCCAGAGGUGCGGGGAGGGAUCCUAUCGGACGAGAUGGGAUUAGGCAAGACCGUCGAGCUGCUGGCAUGUAUCGCGGCCCACCCCUACACCGGCCCACCUCCCACCUUCCAAAAGCCGCAGCAGGGCGGGCAGCGCGGCAGCAAGAGGAGGGCGGCGCGUGUGGCGUGCCUGUGCGGCGCCACCUCAGAGGAAGGCUACGAAGGCUUGUGGCUCCAGUGCGACUCAUGCGACACCUGGCUGCACGCCGCCUGCUGCGGCCUGCGCCGUGCGCCCCCCGGCGACUUUGUGUGCGGCGGCUGCCAGCGCGCGGCGGCGGCGGCGCGAGUGGCUCAGGACUGUGGCGCCACGCUGGUGGUCUGCCCCACCCCCAUCCUGCACCAGUGGCGGGACGAGAUUCUGAGGCACAUCAAGCCCGGCGCCCUGAGGCUUCUGAUUUACGAGGGCCAGCCGCAGCCAGGGGCGGGCGCCGCCUCCAAGGUGGUCACUGCUGCUGAGCUGGCGGCGGCCGACAUUGUGCUCACGUCGUAUGAUGUACUGCGGCGGGACGUCAACCACUGCCCCGACGAGGCAGAGCAGGCGGGCGCGGGGCGCAGCCUGCGGUGGCGCAAGAAAUAUGAGGCGAGUGGGGCGGGCGGUUGGGCAUAUGUGGGUUUGCGAGCAGCUGGUUGUGAGGUCAUGCCCACGCCGCUCACCCGCCUGCGCUGGUGGCGAGUGUGCCUGGAUGAGGCGCAGAUGGUGGAGAGCAGCACAGCUAAGGCCGCUGAGAUGGCCCUCAAGCUGCACACGGUGCACCGCUGGUGUGUGACAGGCACCCCUGUGUCUCGGAGCCUGGAGGAUAUCUAUGGGCUGCUCGCCUUCCUCCAGGCCUCGCCCUACAGCAACCGCCACUGGUGGCAGCGCGCCGUGCAGCAGCCGUACGAGGCGGGCAGCCGCGCGGGCCGCGCCCGGCUGCUGUCGCUGCUGCGCCCCGCGCUGGGCGGCCUGCUGUGGCGCUCCUCCAAGGCUGACGUGGCGCACGAGCUGGGGCUGCCGCCACAGCAUCACCACCUCAAGAGCCUGCAGAUGUCGGCCAUCGAGCGCCACUUCUACUCGCGCCAGCACCAGGAGUGCGUGGCCAAGGCGCGGGCGGCGCUCUCCUCGCAGCUGCUGGCCGCAGCCACAGCGGCCGCAGCGGCGCACGACGGCGUCGCAAUUUCGGACAGCCGCGAGGCGGGGGCUGGUGCUGCUGCGGCAGCAGAAGCGGGCGCCGCGCCAGCGUCCCCGCCCGCGGUGCGCUUGCCGCCGGCGGCCACGGCGGCCGCCGGGUUUGAGGACCGUGCGCUGACGCGGCGGGAGGAGGCGUCGCUGCUGCACCCGCUGCUGCGCCUGCGCCAGGCGUGCUGCCACCCGCAGGUUGGCGGCGCGGGCAUCCGAGCGGUGGGGCCGGCGGGGCACAACAGGUCUCCCAUGACGAUGGGCGAGGUGCUGGAGGUGAUGCUGGCAAAGGCGAGGGUGGAGGCGGAGGAUGCUCAGCGCCUGCUGCUGGCCAGCCUGAACGGCCUGGCGGGCCUGCUGCUGCUGCAAGAGCAGCCGGUGGAGGCGGUGAGGGCGUACCGAGAGGCGCUGGCCACAAUUGAGCAGAACAAGUCGCUGAUCCGUGCCGACAAGCUGCAGCAGCUGCACACCCUCACCAACCUGGCCGCUGUGCUGGGCCCCGAGGGCAGGAGUGUGGAGGGGGCUGCUCCCACACUGCGGGACGCCUGGCUGGAGACGGAGGCGCAGGAGAUCCGGGAGGAGUACCUGGCAGAGUCGUUGUCCCGCCUGACGGAUGCGGCGCAGGAGGUGGAGGAGGUGCAGCGUCACGUGCAGCGCUGCAAGGCCCCGCUGCUGCAGCAUGUGUCGGCGGCGGAGGCGGAAGAGCUGUUAGCAGGCUGGUACAUGCGGGGGGUGGCGCUGAUUGUGGCGCAUGGCCGGGACCACCACACCCAGCGCGCUGUGGCUGAACGCAUUAAGGAGCAGGUGAAGGAGGAGACAAUGUACCUCAGAUCGGUAUCCCAGAAUGCCGCCUCCAUCGCCUCCCGCUUCCGCGACCUGCACGGCCUGGAGCUGGCUGUGAAGCAGGAGGUGCGGGAGCUGGGCAGGGCGCAGGCGGAGGCCACGCAGGAGCUGCAGCGCCUGCAGGCCGCAUGCCGGGCGCCGCCGCCGGCGCUUGUGGAGCUGGCGGCGACGUGCAGCCGGUGCCGCGCGGAGACGGCGGUGGCGGGGCGUGUGUGCCGCCACUGCAGGCUGGAGGAGCUGUUCUGGAGCUGGGAGGGCUGGGAGGGCUGGGAGGGUGGGGCCUGGGCCUGCCUGCUGUCCGUCCACAACGCCCGGGGCCCCGCGCACCAGCUGCAAACUACAAUCUGCGCGGGCCUGUCGCCACCAGCAGCCCAGGCAGGGCGUGCGUUUGCUCUGUAUUCAAAGGCCCGGGAGGGUGGGGGCCGGGUGACGGCGGAUGAUGCCAUCCGCCAAGCGCAGCAGGCGACCCUGUUCAACCGCGUGGGUCGCGGCGGGCUGGGGGAGGCGGCUGCGGAGCAGCUGGGCGGCAGCAUUGGCGAUGCCGGCGGCGAAGACGAGGAGGGAGGGCACCACCUGCUGCUGGGGGCGGGGCGCAGGGACGAUGCGGUUGCCAAGACAGAGAUUGUGCGGCGCCCCGGGGAUGCCGAGAAUGUGCUGCGCCUUCUGCUGCACCAGCUGAGGCUGGUCAAGAAAGAUCUGGUUAUGACCGCGGGCAAGGCGCACUUGGAGCUGAUGGAGCAGUACCGCCGCCUGUACCUCAAAGCCCGCGCACUCUCCCUUGCCCAGCGCCAGCGCCUGUAUGCAGUUGAUGAGCUGGAGCAAUGCACGAUGCGCAUAAAGCUGCUGAGCGACAAUGAGCUGCGGCUGAAGGAGGGGGAGGAGAUCUAUCGAGUGUAUGAACACGAGGUGCCGGUCCGCAGCACGGAGCUGUCCAAUGACAAGGCCUCUGCUGAGCUGGAGCUGCAUCGCAAGCUGGGCACGCUUCGCUACCUGACAGGCAUCAAGGCUCGGGAGGCAGCCAGGGCCGCUGCCGCUGCUGCUGCCGAGGCUCAGGUAGCUGCGGCGGCAGAGGAGGAUGCGGCAGCAGGGCCGAUGGGGGAUGGUGUGGAGGAGGCAGGCACAGGGGCGGCAGGCAAACACUCUGUGGCGCCUGCAGCUGGGGCUGGCAGGGGAGAGCCAGGCGUGGACGCAGGUUUGCCCUGCCAGCCAGCAGCUUCAGAGGCGGGCACGACAGCGGCGGCGCGCGGCUUGGUGGCGGCGGCAGCUGGCGAGGAGGAUCGCGAGGAUAUCUGCCCCAUCUGCCACGACCGCCUGGGGCAGGAGAUGGUCAUGCUGGCAUGUGCACACCGCCUGUGCUGCCGGUGCAGCGUGGCGCUUCAGGAGCGGCUGCCGGCGGGCCAGCCCAAGGCCAGCCGCCGCAUCGAGUGCCCCGUGUGCCGCACCCGUGUGCCGGUCAGCGAUCUUGUGUACAUCGAUGCACGGCUGGCAUCCCCUGGGGGCAAGGUGCGGCGCAGGAGCGGAAGGGGCUGCUGCAGGGCCUGUGGCUGCUGCAGGGGCAGUAUGGGGCACCGGCAGGGCAUGCGACUGGCUAGAGCAUGCAACUGGCUGAUGGGGGGCCGCCUGCUCACCGCCUGUGCUACUUGCGAGCUACAGCGGGCGAGAGGUGAGGAGGCGGAGGGCGAGGGCGACAUAGAAGUGAAGGGAUCGUAUGGAACGAAGUGUGGGGUGUUUGAGCACCGAACAAGUUUGCAGCAGGGCAAGGCAGAUUGGGGCAUUUCAAUGGCCACCUUCUGCUGGAAGGGCAUGCAACGGGAAAGUAGAGGGGAGGUCUCAUGA